AUGAAGGCGUCGGUUAGGGAACUUUCGCUGAUGGUAUUGGAUGAAUACUGCGUGUUGUGUAACGUCUGGCUCGCGGGCAGUGCGGCACAGCACGCUUGUGGUGAUAAACACGUUAGGUGGAGCGAUGCGAUAGAGGCCGUCUUUCGUGGCACGGCCCCAGCGGCGUGCGUGCUGGCAGCUGCGCUUCUUCAACAGGAGCUAGAGACCCAGGUGCGAGCACACUACUGUCUCUAUUGCCGCAAGCCUGUGGGAAGUGGCUUUCGCCAUACCGUUCAGCACCUUAACAGCAGACACCACUGCCGGCAGCACGCGCAUCCGCCUCUUUCGGCAACCUCGGUGAAGAAUACAAGGGAACCACUGCUCACUGACGGUCUUGUCCGCGACGUGUUCUGUCCCUUGUGCGAUUGUGUGGUUCCUACACAGCCUGAGCGGCAUUUACUCUCUGGCCGGCACCAGCNAAAUUCGAAAGGCGCGAAUUCCUGCGAGACGCUGGCGCAAGCGGUGCGGACGAAGCGAGAUGCAUGGUGCGAGUUACUCCAGCCACUGCAUGGCAGCAUAUGCUGUUCAUGUGUCGAGUACGUCCCUGCGAAGGAAAUCAUGCGACACUUCGUGUCGGCUCGACACAAAGCGGCCCACUCUUUAGCGUCAACGGCGCAAGACGAUGUGGGAUGUCUGCGCCUUUUCCUGGAUGCAGCACAACAGUAUACCUCGGAUGGCUAUUGCGCUGUUUGCGACGCCACCCUGAAGUCGUCAACGACUCAGCACACAAGGGGGAAACACCAUGCUAUGGAAAUGCUGCGUGCCCAUUGCGAUCCUACGAAAUCGCGGGAGCUGUGGGGGGAGAGGUGGGUCGCCUUUACGCGCAAAAGACAAAAUAAAUGUACGGGAACGAGCCACAAACUGCAAACGGUAAAGAUGCCGUCUCCACUGCUGUAUUCAGAACACAGUGACGUGCCCACUGGUGCCGAGGUGCCAACAAACGGGUGCCUGCAGCCUGCUUUGGAGCGCCGCUCUCUUGCCGAAAUGCCGUUCCUCUUUUUUUGCCUCAACGGUCACUGCCUCUUGUGCGGCAUCGACCUGACGCCGCAGGCAAUAGGCCUGGUGGCAACACCGGUCUGCAAAGAUCACUGCCGCACUCAGGGGCACCAACGCGCCCUCGACGAUUUUGUCUCCCAGCAAGGAACAGCAGGUCCUGGGGACGCAGCAGCGGCCUGGGCGGUGCGCUGGUACGAGGCGGUGCUUCACUCGCUGCGUGCACACCCUGGUUGGCACGAACCCGCCGAGUGCACGGGCCUUCACACAAGUGUUGACUUUUUGGAGAUACUCAAGGACGACCAUCGAGCUGUCGUAUUCGCCGACGCUCUCUGCGUCACCGCCACUCCCACCGGUUCGGUAUGA